UUGGUGGCUGUCCAGAUAGAACAACAUGUCAAACUCUGGUUACAAAACUUGGGCAACUUCUAGGACUCAGAUUGAACGUACGAUUGCUGAAAAAUGUUUGAUUGGCUACGAAGGAGAUGUCGGAAUAAAAUCUGGUUUUCAGUUACGAAAGACAAUUUCGCAUUACCCCAGUCCGAUAUUUUCGUACUGUUAUCAUGACGACCCUGCAAACGGGAAUGAGUAUUACGUUAUCAAUUAUAUGUCGUCGGAUGGCGGUGGAAGCGUUAUCGUGGAAUGGAGAUAUGAUAUUGCAACGCAAUCUAUAUUUGUGCAAAGGAAAUUCUCAAUUCGUAAUUGCUUGAAGCAUUUAAUUUGGAUUGCAAAUCAAAAAGCGUUCAUUGGGUACUGUGAUGAUAUGACGCUUCGCGGAUAUAGAGGUUCCAAUAUGGAAGAAAAAGUGAGAGUGUCUGUAUCUAACACCGUGUUAUGUACGAUAUAUCUGGAUGAUUAUGACGAACUCAUUACAGCGGGACAAGGCCAUAUUAUUUCCUGGCGUCUGCAUCCUAUUGAAUUCGGACGACCUUUUGAGUGGAAAGAUCCUCCAUUUGAUUGUGACGUGAAUGAGAAAUCUGAUGUUUGGAUAACACGAUUAUCUUAUGCAAAACGCAACCGAGUUCUGAUAGCUCUAUCUGAGGAAGCGGUAUAUUUCAUUGAUAUGAAAACCAGAAAACAGUUUGAUAUGGUUGAAAAUUCACAUAAUGCUUCUCUAACCGGUUGUGCUUGGUAUCCUCGUUUUUCAUACGUCAUCACAGCUGCCAGAAACGGAUCCAUUCACGUGCACCAUACAGUUGCAAAUGCCGUGAUUCACAGAUUUCCUGCUCACAGAGAUGGCUUGACUGGAGUAGAAUGCAUGAUGUCUCAACCUAUUCUCAUAUCAUGGUCAUGUUUCAGUGGUUGUGUACGGUUAUGGAGACUUGAUACUCUCGAAAUGAUGGACGAAAGCACUUUGUCAGAAACGAUCGGAAACCUAAUUCUUGUCCGACCCGAUCGAUUGUAUUAUUCCACAGAAAGCGAAAUCCGUGUUUUUGAAAUUAAUAUAUUAUUCACCAUAUUCGCAACGUUGUCUGCGCCAGCUCAAAAUUUACGUCUCCGAUGGAUUGAUAAAAUGAUAGAAAAGAAAUCUUCUACUUUGCUAGACAAGUACAAUGAAAAUUCCAAGGAGCCUAGAAGUCGUUUAAUUUGCAUAUUAGACGAUGGAAGUAUUAUCACGGUGUCUCCGGUAUCAGGUUCAGUGAUUCACAUGAUUUAUCCGACAACAGAGCGAGGAACAGACAAGAGGCCGCUGGAUGUCGCGAUAAAUGUCGACGGAUCUAAAAGUUUCGUUCUUCCACAAAGCGGUGAAAUUAUGGAAUAUGAUUGUCGCGUAAACCCAGGAUGCAAAGAUGAAUCUCAUAAUUAUACAGAAGUCACGAGCGUUGUAGUCAUUGACACGAAAUUUUCGAAUGGGACCAAGUUAUCUUCGAAUAGUAAUUUACAAGCAUGUGCUAUUUUGUUUGGCUGCAAUACUGGGUACGUAAAAUUGCAUCAGGAUGCGUCGUAUGUCAUUCAUCCAAAUGCUUCUGAAAAAGUAUCUCUGAACAUGGAGCCACAGAAGAUCCACGCAGGUGGGGUAUCCAAUCUUUACACAUCGCACGAGAAAAAGUCCAUAUCAGCUUACACAGGAAAUUCUGAUACUGUCUCUAAUUUAUUUCUUCGGGAUGAUAUUUUAUUAAGUACUGGAACUGAUAGAAUGUUGAUGUUAUGGAAAAUUGUAUUCACGAAAGAAGGAAUCUCCGAUUGUUACGCGCUCACUUUCCAGAAGCUAUUUCAACUACAAUUAGAUUAUCAACCCAAACUGAUAACUGGAUCAUCACAUGUAGUCAUGCUGGCAUAUGACGAAAUUUACAUCAAAAUGUACAGAAUAAAUUAUGUAUCUGAAACAACUGAAAGUGACAGCGAUAUUACAUCCGUUGAGAGAGUUCCCAUCGAUCAAGAAAUUCGUCACCGUGCACGGAUAACCAAUGUUGCACAUUCGGAUAUAUUAAAUCUAUUCUUAACUUGCGGGAUGUUCGAGCUAAUCAAAAUAUGGGACGAGGACGGACAACUGGUUCGUGAACUGGAUUUGGGAGAUACUUGGUCUGCUUGCUUCUCAAAUGGCCGUGAUAUAUUGGCAUCCUAUCGGAACCAUAUUGUGUUGAUCGAAGCUCAUGACUACUUACCGUUAGAAUUAUUAGACGAACUGCUGGAUUUUGACGACACAUUUACAAUACAGAACGUGCCACCUGAAUCACCGAUACCUAUGAAGGGCGGGACUGACAUUGGCGCAUUUGCUAUGAAACCAGGACAUAGUCCUUUUGACGAGAAUAAAUUCGACAGCUCGAACAAUUUGACUCUGGCGCAAAAGCAAAAACUAACGAAGCGACGUCGGACGCGAUUACUUCGAAAAGUUUUACUCAGACGAAAAACAGGAGCUUCUGUUUCUACCCUCGCUCUGGCCGAUGACUCUGACAUGGACGAACAAGAUAUGGAUAUUGACAAUGAAAGAAUGAAACUGUUACUGGAAAUUCCUGACCGUACUCUGGAUCCUGCUGUGAUUACAGAUUCCAUGGUUGAAAGAAUCAAGCUUUGUCCUGUUGCUCCGGACGGAUAUAUUCCGAACUCUGUUAUCCGGAAGAGAGUUGACUCCAUAUAUACCGGAUAUGUGGACGAUCUUUGGGCCAGACCAGAUUUUAUGCUCACGGACAAGGAAGUUUUAGAAGACGAGGGUGAAAACUCUGAAUGCGCUUCAGAUGAACCGUUGGUUUUGUCUUUCAAUCCAUCGACAGAAAGUAGUAAAGAAUUCCAGAAUAUAAUUCUACAGCAGGAAGAGGACGAUGGUAAUUUGGCAACAGUAAAAUCAACCGUCACAGAAAAGCCAAAGAACAUAGCAAAAUUCCAAAGAACACGACGAUUGGAAGAUGUUGUGAACAGCGUAAACAAAGAAAAAUGGUGUCCUAUUGAACUCCAUGCUUCAAACAUUGAAGAUAGCCUAGUAGAUCUUUCGAAUCUCUUGGAAUCAGUCACAGACCAAGUCGUUGUCAUUAAAAUUCUGGCAUCUUUGCUAAAAAUUUUAGAAGAGCAUAAAAAUCUGACUGCUGGGACUGGAAAAGGGUUGGUAAUCGGUUUUUUUUUGUUUUUACUUGAAAUAUAUCAAUAUUAGAUUAUUAAAAAUGGAAAUUUUUUAAUAAUUUUUCAUUGUAUUGAAAUGGUGAUUCUCUCAAUUGAAGAUUUGCGACUUGUAAUCAAAAAUAUGAAUAACAUUGUGAUAGCGUUGCUGGUUGGUUGAUUCGUCAGAGCCGUAUUUAUCGACAAUAACAGUAGCUCGACUAAAAUCCCUAAUAUUUUUAAUUAGACAUCAAUCCUGGUUGUUUCUGGU